GAAACGUUUGGCUGGUGUUGUUUGUAACACGAAGGUCAAAGAUAAUAACGUGAUCAGAUGAAUGUAAUUUGAUAGACACUAGACAGUGUUUUUGUUAAAAUUUGGGGUUGGACUGUUCAGUGUCAUUUUUAUUAAAGUUUUUUGCUGCUGACGGUGGUAUAUGUUUGAUCUUUGCUUAUUACUUUUCAGAGAAAAUGAGCUAAGCUUUUACGUUUGUAGAAGUAUGGUGCAGUAGUUUGAAAGUGUUUGAAGAAUUUUAUGAUGUUAAUGUCUAGCUGUUACUUGGCCGUAAUAUUGCCCGUAUUCAUUACCAAAUUCGAGAAAUGACAAUCACAAGUGAAGCAGGGCCUUCCCGUAGUGGCAGUGAACCAGGACCUUCCAGAAGUAACAAUGGCGAGGAAAAAGAAAAAGACAAGGAAAAAGACGAACGAAUGUUCGAAUGUAACAUUUGUUUAGAUACUGCAAGAGAUGCUGUAGUGAGCUUGUGUGGUCAUCUGUUUUGUUGGCCAUGUUUACACCAAUGGCUUGAAACAAGGCCAAACCGUCAGAUGUGCCCUGUAUGUAAGGCUGCAAUCAGCAAGGAGAAAGUAGUUCCAUUGUAUGGAAGAGGGAGCACUAAACAAGAGGAUCCUAGGUACAAGAUUCCGCCACGCCCUCCUGGACAGCGUACUGAACCUGAAAAUAAUGGGGGAUUCCCGGGCUUUGGCUUUGGAGAUGGCCUUCACAUGUCAUUUGGCAUUGGUGCCUUUCCCUUUGGUAUCUUCACAUCUACCUUCAAUUUUGGUGAUCCUAGACCUAGUGCAGCUCCUCGUGGAACACCCCAGUUUGAAGAGGAGCAGUUUCUGUCGAAAGUAUUCCUUUGGGUUGCAAUCAUUUUCAUAUGUUGGCUGUUGAUGGCAUAAUAUCAGCACUCAUGAUCACAGAAACCACUUCGCGAGAGCCUUCUGUAAAAGUUGUUUAAAUUUUUUCAAAUAUUUAUAUAUGUAUAAAGAGAAAUAUGAAGCACUUUUAUUGUUAUCAAUUGUCAAAUGCUGAAUGUAUAUGUGGUGGUAUAACAUUUUUCUUAUUAUGUAUCUUAUAUAUUAUUAUGUAUAUUGUCACGACAUAGAUAGAUAAAUAUUCUUUGUAACUGAAUUGCUUGAUUUUUCAUAUCAUCUUUUCAGGUGUAUAUAAAUAAGGUGCAUAUAAAUACAGUGUUUUAUAAUAUUAGCAUUAGCAAUAAAUGGCUGGGAAUAUGCAAAAUUUUGUCUCAAGCAGCUUUUUGUUGAAAGAAGAUACAUCAUUUAAUAGUAGGUUACCAUAUAUAUAUAUGCAAGGCAUAAAAAACAGAAUGGCAUUGUAAAGAAAAUUGUUCUUUGUUUUCCAUAGUAAGUGAAAUAAUUAUUUUUACUAAUAAUGAAGUUGCAAUCCAUUGUGCUAUUAGAAUCCUAAGCUUCAUUAAGGGCAGCCAUUUAUUUUGUUGAUGUUGCGUUUAUUAUUUGUAGAUUAUCGAGUGGUGUUCAGUAUUAUAUAAUUUGUAACCCUUCAUAAAUUGUGAAUAUUAUAUAUUUGAAUUUUAAA